AUGCCUUCUCAGUGGGAUCAUAGGGCUGACAAGGAUUUGUUGUUGGCUAUCAUCGAAGGAAACAAUCUCAAGGCUAUUGAAUGGCCCAUAAUCUCCGAGAGUCUCCAGAAAAAAGGCUACUCUUUUACCAAGGAGGCUUGCCGACAACAUUUCCAGAAGAUCAGAAAAGAAUCUCGCAUCGGCUCUCCCUCUGCUUCCACACACGCCACUCCUGUUGCCACCUCUGUCAAGAAACGCAAGUCCAAGGCUGCUUCUAUCGAGGAGGGACAAGAGAAUGAUGAGGAGGAAACGCCCUCGAAGAAUCAAUCGAAGCGGGUCAAGAAAGAAAGUGAUGAUCAAUCUGCCGCUGAACUAGGAGUCGAGAGUGAGGUGUGA